CAUACAUUUUCAAGCAUGUUUUGGCGUGCGCUCGGUUGCGCAGACAAGACGAGCCAGAGGGGCGCGGCUACGCGGCUCCCAAUGCUUGCUUCAACGAACAGCGGCAGCUCGUCCUGAAACCGAGUUAGGAGAAACAGCUCGAAAGAGGAAGAGUUUGUCCCGUAUUGAGGCACGCAUGAAGGCGCUUGCCUGAGGAAUAAAUACUCUUGAUGCGAACGUAUAUGGAUCUUCAGCAAUUCGCCCAUUCCAUUCACUUUACCACUAUCGCUCUUUACUUUUCGUAUUCACAUUCAUUUCGUAUAACAGACACAGGAUGUCUCCUUCCACCACCCUCCUCUUGAGCGCAGGUCUGCUCGCCCAGCUCGCCAGCGCAUACACUCAGGUCAAUGUUGCCUCAGCUUUCAUGACAAAGAACGUCGACCCCAUUGUGUUUCCAGGCUCCUACAGCAAGUCGCACUUGCACUCAUUCUUUGGCUCUGACGCAGUCACCGCCAAAACAACCACCUCUGCCGAACUCCAGGCCGGCUGCACCAAUGCAGAGAACCCCAACGAUCUGUCUGUUUACUGGAUCCCUACUCCCCUCUACACCGCCGAUGGCUCGACCUAUGAGCCGAUUCCCGUGUCGCGCUUCAGCGCCUACUACAACCUCGGCGAGACGCCUGCCGAAGUCGCGAUCCCGCAGAACCUGAAAAUGGUAGCUGGCGACGCGACCGCGACCUCAGAGAGUGCCAUGCCCGCCGACGCGAAGAUCUCAUGGUUCUGCGAAGGCGACGACGCGUCGCCUCUGGACAAAAACGGCUUCCCCUCGAAGACCUGCUCGACGCAUUUGCAGCAGCUGCUCUUCUUCCCGCAGUGCGUCAACGAGCAGAGCCUCGAGACGGCGUACAAGUCUCGCAGCCACGGCACCACCAACUGGUGCCCCACCGGCAUGAAGUCCAUGCCGCAGCUGCGCUUCUCCAUCCGCUACGACCUGCGCAAGGCGUUGCCCAACGGCUGGUCUGGCACGUUUCCGGGUAAGCUCGCGUGCGGUGCCGCAUGGUGCUCGCAUGGCGACUUCAUCAACGGCUGGACUACGGAUGCGGCCACCAACAUGAUCGCCGCGACCGCCGAGAAGCAGCACUUCGCUGCUGUGGAUGGCAAGCUGGGCAAGAACGGUGCGAAGCCGACGUGCAAGUCGGCGGAUGCCGAGCCAAGCCAGGGCACCAGUGAUUACGCGAAGAGCGUGAGCAUGAUGAGCAAGCGUGAGGUUCCGGCAUUGGGAUGGGAAAGCAGGACCAGGUUCGCGAGGCACUUGUAG